AGCAGGCCACAAUAUUUCUGACCCAACCAUUAGAAAUGAACCUCAUGAGGUUGGCCUGAGGGCCCAACGUCCUCUAGUAGGCUCUGUGCUCUCUGCCCGGUACCGUGGAGUUCUGCUGGCAUUAACCAGAGAACCCCAGGACUGGCCGGUUCUGAGCUCAUGUGUCAGAAACGAAAGGGUCUUGAGAAGCUGCAGUGAACGUUCUGCUGCAGCAACGGUGUUUUUUAUGAUCAGUUUGAUGGUCGGCCAGGACCGGUCUGGGGAGGAAUACCCAUGGAGGGGCGGCUGACCUGUGGAGGAUAAACGACAGAAUUCUGUCCGUCAUCCGGCGGUUUCUCAGAGUUAAUCUGGUCCUGGCGUUUUGGGUUCUUGCAUGAAUGCAAGCCUCGCCAUUCAGGGUGAAACUGGGAGAUAAAAAUACUUUUUUUAAUAUGUUAUCUUAUUUUUGUCCAGCACUUUGGUAAAACCUGUUGUGUGUUGAAUGUUCUUUAUUGGAAAAAAUGGACCUGAAAAGCCUGUGGACUCCCAGACUCCGGCUCCCAGAGACCUUCAGCUGAAUUAAAAAAGGUGUUUCUCACUCCCAGCAAUGGGAAAGUUCCUGCCAUUGAGAAGAAAAUUGUCCAAACAUCGGCAUAAAACCAGACUGGCAGAACCAGCCCAGUCCUGUUCUUUUUACUGGGACACUGGCACCAGUAAACCCAAAUUAUUUCAAGAACCUUUCAUCUAAAACACGAUGCUCUCCACUUGGAUUAAAUAACACUCUUCCCCACGUCGGUGUGUAACCCUGCAGUUUCCUCAGAGAUGACAUAGAGGUGGUGAAAUAGACACAGGCUGCAGGUAUAUAAAGACUCUGCUGCCUUCACUAACCAUCCUGCUGCAGGUACUCUCCAGCUGAGAACCCGACCAAGAUGGCUUCAGGUCUUGUCUUCACUUUGCUUCUCUGUCUGAGCUGCGCGCUCUGGACUGGUGCCGACGGGGUGUGUGCUCCACGAAUUCCUGCAUGUAGAUGUCCUUCCGGAUGGAGUCAGUAUGGCCAACGCUGUUUCCUCUUCUUUAACUACCAAAGGGACUGGGCCACUGCUGAGCGUAUCUGCAUCGCUUAUGGUGCAAACCUGGCCUCCUUCCACAGUUACAGUGAGUAUAUGUACCUGAAGAGUCUGGUCUACACCAAGAAAAGAUCCUAUGCCAAAACCUGGGUUGGAGGCAACGACGCGGCAAGGGACGGUGUGUGGAUGUGGUCUGAUGGGUCCAAAUUUAAUUACGUCUCCUGGGGCAGCAGGGAACCGAACAACACCGGUGGAAGAGAGAGCUGCAUGGAGAUCAAUCUGAGAGGGGCUUCUCGUCACCUGAAUGAUGAAAAGUGCACCACACGUAAUUACUUCAUCUGUGCCAAGAAACUCUAACUCAACCCGUCUUUUCCUGAAAUAUCCGACACGACCAUGUGACUUUCCCACUGGUGAUGUCACUUCCUCCAGGAUGUCAGGCCUCGAUGGCAUCGCUGCUGGUAGACACAAGGAUAAAACCUGAUUUCAAAUAAAUCAUUAAAUCAUGAAA